AUGAAUGAUUUAGAGUUCGAACUUAUUAAGAAUGGCAACCAAAUUGACAAGUCAAAAAGUAUUCAAGAAGUUGAAAGAUUGUUUUUAGAGACUAAAAAAAAAUUGGAAAAUACCAAAAAAGAUGAGUUAACCGAAAAAAUUAGAAAACUAAGUCAAGUAUCUCCUAGUGAUAAAAAAGAAUUAACUGCGGCAGAAAGGGUUAUUAAGGAAAUUUUUAAAGAUAUUGAUAAAACUGACAAGGCGGAUUUUCCGCCUUAUUUUAGUGAAAAGCAUCUUUCGGAAGCAAAAAAAGGUCUGAUAGAUUUUAGAAUAAAAAUUGAUGAAGAAAGAGACCGGUUAAAAAUUCAUUCUAACGUUUUUACUACUGAUAACUUAAAUAAAAUUUCCGAGAAAAUAUCACCACAAGCCAAUCUGGAAGAGAUAAGACUAGCUUUCUGGGAUGGGGCAGAAGAUAAGAUUUAUAACAAGUUAUUAGAUGAUGAUAAUGUUUCUUUUGAACUAAGGUGGGAAAAAGAGAAAGUUAAUUUUUCAAUAAUUGGAGAGGAAACUGAGAAAGGCCCUAAUAAAAUAGAAAUUGAUUUCUUUCCACCAAGUCCAGGUUAUAGAGACCAUGCUUUACUAGAAAUCCUCAAUAUCAAACCUGAGUUCGCCGGAACAGUUAAAAUUUCCUACAAAGGUCCUGUGAAAGAUAAAGAUAAACUUGGCGAAGAAAUUACUAGCCUGAAAAAUCGAAUUAACACCUUAGAAGAACAAAUCAAACAAAAAUUUAUCGAACAUUUAAAAACAUUAUUCGAGGAUUGUCAAGUUUAUUUUGACAUCCAAGAAAAAAGCAUAGUUAUUAAUCAUCAAAGAACCAAGGAGGAAAGACAGCAGGAGCCACAAAAAGAAGCCGAAUUUCGCCAAAUUAUAAUAAAUUUACAAAGAUUACGCAGUGCUGGCAGAACUGACUUGCCCGAGCCUCCGCCAGUCAAUGUUGAAGACAUUUAUGGUGAUGUUAAAUUAGAAAAAGAGGAAGAAAAGGCUCGAGAAAAAGAAGCGGAAGAUUUGUUCUUAGCACUGGCGAACUCAGAAAUAGAGCAAAUUGAGAAAAAAUCGGACGAACUUCGGAAAAAACAAAAAAUUCGUGAGGAAGAAACUAAACUUCAAAAAGAAGUAGAUGACAUUCAAAAAGAAAAAGUCCGCGAUUUAAGAAUUACCGAGCGGAAUUUCGAGCGGCAAGUUCAAGAGUUAAAAUCUAAAAAUCAGCAAAAACUCCAAGAUACUCGCCAAGAAUUCGAGGAGGUUCAUCAAUCACAAUUAAGAAAGUCGCAAGAGGCUCAUAAUAGUACAGUAGUAGAAAUAAACCGAACCAUCGAAAACAAUUUAGCCCAAAUAAGGAAUAGUUGUAAUAAUGUUCGAGUUGGUAAACCAGUUUGUUCUCGCGGUCAUGAUAGUAAUAUCCAAUCUUACGAUGAAUCGGGCUACCUUAUUCCUAGUGAUAGAACCGAAAAUGCUCAACAAGCGACCGAAAAAAUCAGAAGAAUGGAAGAAGCGAUUAGCGAGCAAGAAAGAAAACGACAAGAGAUAAUUAACAGAGUGGACCAAGAAAGAAGAAAUCGAGACGCAGAAAAUGACCGAGAACUUCGUGAAAGGGAAAGGCUAGAACAGCAAAUUUUAGACCAAGAAAAAAGAAUUGAUGAAGAAAGAUUAAAUCAACAAAGACAAACUAGCGAGGGUCGGAUUAAUUCUUGUAGCACAGAAAGGGAAAAUCGGUUAAGAAGAGAUUUGGAAAGGAAAAAGCAAGAAUUAAACGAGCAUGAAAGACGAAGCCGAGCCCGAAGAGAUGAAUCUUGGCGAGAACUACAAGCCUAUAUUGAACAAAGACAGAAAUAA